AUGGCUCUGAGAGCAUACACGCUAGUUCUCUCUCUGCUCCACCAGUGUGUCUCUCACCCACUCAGCCCUCCUGACAAUGGACUUCGCAAGUGCCGCACCAACCUGUCCGCUCUAGCCCUAGAGGUGCUCCCAGGUGGGGGAUGGGACAACCUGAGGAACAUGGAUAUGGGACGAGUCAUGAACUUUAGCUACUCCCAGUGCCAGACCACGGAGGACGGAGUCUACCUCAUCCCAGACGAGGUGUUUGUCAUCCCCCAGAAGCUCACCGGUGUCGAGACUCAUUCAGAAAUCAUCAGUACUCAGCUGGAGCAUCACAGUUCCACGUCUCAAUCCAUCAAUGUGGACGUGUCCUUCCUCCCAGUGCUCAAUGCUAAGUUCUCCACUGAGAACCAGCGGGUGAAGAGCCACCAGGUCCAAGACAGGUCUGUCACUACUCGUGUGCAGGUGCGCAACUUCCUGUACACUGUAAAGGCUCACCCUGACUUCACUCUGGAUGGCCGCUUUGUCCGCCAGGCUGAGGAGAUCGCAGACGCAAUAGAAAACAACCAGACUCGACAGGCAGCGUAUUUAUCUGAGAAGAUGGUGCUUGACUAUGGCACCCAUGUGAUAACCAGCAUCGAUGCAGGUGCCUCCUUAGUGCAAGAGGACUAUCUCAGUGACAAGUACGUGUCCACGACAGACAAGUUCUCUGUCAAGGCAUUGGCAGGUCUAAACUUCUUUUAUAAACUCAAGUUUGACAUUGGCAGCGAGCAUGCACAAGAGACCUCAGACUCACUCAGUUAUCAGGGCAACUUCACCUACUCCAUUAUACAGAGCCAUGGUGGGGCACCCUUUUACCCGGGCAUCACUCUGCAGAAAUGGCAGGAGAGCACCAAGAACAACCUGGUAGGCAUUGACCGGGCAGGCCUGCCACUGCACUACUUCCUCAACCGGUUAACCUUGCCUGAUCUUCCUGAACCAACAGUUGGCAAACUGUCACUGUUUGUGAGUGAAGCCAUACAUCGCUACUAUACCAUCAACACCCGGCCCGGCUGUGUCAACCCAGACUCACCGAACUUCAACUUCCAAGCCAAUGUGGAAGACAACUCCUGCGAGGGUCCGGCCACCAACCUCACCUUUGGUGGCGUGUUUCAGCAGUGCAACAUCUCACUGAGUCAGUUAAUCAGCAUUAUAUUUAAUUCCCAUUCCAUCACAUCAUUGAAUACUUUAUUCAUGACAAACAAGGCAUGACUCUCAAUGGCACCCUAUACCCUAUAAUGGGCUCCAAAAGA